GCUUGCAACGAUAGAUGUUACGUGCAAUAUACAGAAUAGCUGAGGUGUACCGUUGUCGGUUGUGCAACCGAUAGAUAUCGUUCCUGUACCGAUCCGACGGUUGUCGGUACGCGGGAACGGAAUAGCGGCCCAGUGCUUCAUUUAAGCCCGGUUGUUUCAUCUUUCGAUGAAUUUUACCUGUUAGGUAAAAUUUACCGAAAGGUGGAACAAUCGAGCCUUAUAAUCUGCAAACCCCCAAUUUCGAAGACCAUCAGUAUUCAAGUUCAGUCGUUUGGCUGCGAGGCCAAUAACAGAGAAGAAGAAGAGCAGAUUGAAAUAUGGAAAAGGGAAAGGCAAAAAGACAGGCGAAAGCAACAUCAGCCCAAAUUGAUUACAUGGUCGAUUAUUUUGUCCGAUAUCCACAUGUUGCGACAGGGAAAUUUAACAGUCUCCAUGGAAAUGCAGAUUUGAGAGGAUCUUGGGAACACUUAGUGUAAGAUCUUAAUAGUAUGGCAAAAGAUGGAAAAACCAAAGAUGUAAAGUCAUGGAAAGCGACGUGGCAAGACAACAAAACUGCGGUCUCUCAAAAAGUAGCAAAAAAUCGGGCUAAUCAAACUGCAACAGGAAAUACUGGUUGUCCUUUGAAGUUAGCUGAGCGAGAACAAAAGAUUUUAGGAAUUAUAGGGUUCGAUUAUGUCGAAGGAGUACAAUGUCCUGAUGCUUUUCCAGAAGAACAGUCAAAUGCUAUAGAGUUGCUUCAUCAAGGGCAAGAAAACAUUUUAGAAACCGCUCCUAUUACAAUCACAAUACGAUCUGAUAGCAACACGAUCAAUUUAAUUGAUUCUGAAGUACCAGAAAUAGAAGGAAGCGAAAGUAAUAUCUUUGAACCAACUCCUCAGAUAUUACAUUUGGAAACAGAGGUAAGGGAAUCACCGAUGGAAGAAUUACAAAUGAGAGAAAAGCAAGCAGAAACUUCUCAGGCAAGAAAACCACACGCAACAGUUUCGCAGACUUUUAACAGAAUACAAAAAUCUGCUGGACACCCAAGGCAAAAUGCAAAGUUAGGUACGCAGUUGAUGAACGCAAGGGAAGAUUUUGCCACACUAGCCGAGCGUCAAAUUACGUGUAUGGAGAUAUUCGCCAAAGCAAUGGAAAAAAUAGCUGAUAAUGAUAAAGAACGAAACGCUAUUCUGCAUUCUUUAAUAGAACAUGAAAAGGCUCGAGAAAAAACUUAUCUGGACUUGACUCAGAUUAUAAAAGACUGUGUUAAAGCUAUGAAAGGAAAAUAA